GGGACGGAGAGUGGAAAAGAUGGGGUCGCGAGACAAGGACCAAACGGCACCGCAUCAGCCUCUCCUGAGCAGCCUAGUUAUACGGCCUUCCGACAGCAGCGGCGGCGGCACCGGUGGUAGCGAUUAUGAGCCCGGCGAGCUUCGUCGGGAAGCUCCCCACUAUUCCCGCUCGGAUCGUUUCAGCGAUGGCCCUGAUCGGCAGUGCUCCCAAACCCCAGAUCGAAGCAGAUAUAGAAUUCGUGCAGGUUCCAGUUCUCCUGUCAGGCGACGAAAUCCUGAUCAUCGGUAUAAUUCUGAAUUUGAUCAUUCAGGUGGCUUGCCACGCAGUCGUGGAUUUGGCAGCGAGAGGGAUCCUGGUAGGUAUCGAAACCAUUCCCCGCCUUAUGGUCGUGGAAGGGGUGGUGGCCGGUCAUUUGGUAGAGGUUUGGAUGGGCCUGGAUUUGGCCCUGGUCCCAUCAGAAGUGAAGGUAUAAGAAAUAAUCCAAACGUGCGUCCAAGGGAAGGAGAUUGGGUUUGCCCAGAUCCUUUAUGUGGAAACCUAAACUUUGCAAGGCGGGAACAGUGUAACAACUGCAACAGAUAUCGCGAUGGACCUGGAGAGAGUCCUCGAAGAGGUUUUCCUGGGCCGCCACCUCCACAUCCACCCCCUAGGCGCUUCUCUGGUCCUCCAAUGGAUCGUUCUCCUGGCAGGACCAUGAAUGGCUACAGGUCCCCUCCUCGUGGUUGGGCCAGAGAUGGGCCUAGAGAGUUUGGUGGUGGGGCUCCAUCACAUCGCAGACAUGACGGCAGGUUUCCCGAUCACAACAUGCGGAGAGAUCGUCUGGAUUAUCCUGAAGAUGACUACAGGGAGAGGAACAAGUUUGAUAGACCAGCCCCACCAGAUUGGGGUCAUAGGGAUCGUGGAAGGGACAGCUUCUUCAACAAUGAAAGGAAAGGAUACGAGAGGCGACCACCAUCUCCUCCUCCUCCACCGCUGCCUCCUCGUGGCCGAUGGGGACGUGAUGUAAGAGCUAGGAGCCGGUCUCCUGUUAGGGGUGGACCCCCACUAAAGGACUAUCGGCGGGAUGUGUAUAUGGGACGAGGCCGAGAUGAUCGGCAUGGCAUUAGGCGAGACCGGUUUGGUGAACCAUACUAGCAAGAGAUGUAACUUGCAGUUGUAGGUGACAGAUGAUUUUGGUUGGUGUGUUCUGGGUUAUUAGGCGGAUGAGAGAGCAAAUGAGACCACACAUUUAGGACUGAAUUCAGUAUUUUGUCUCUGAUUCUUCAACCCCUUGUGGAUGGAAACUCUUGUUUCUUUUUGUUAUUCUUUCUGGUCAUAAUUUGGUUCUGUUUUCCGUCGUAGAUCAUGACUACCUCCAUGUGGGGUUUUUGCUCACCUCUUGUAAGAUCACUGUAUAUUUCAAAGUGUUAUCAAGUUAACGUGGGGCAAGAUAUUCUGAAGUGGUGA